AUGCGCCUGCAGGUUCGCGGCGGGCUCGAGCUCCCAGGGCAGCUCCGCCUGGCCGCACGAGCCUCGAGGGCGCCGGCCCGCACCCAGAGGCGGGACGUCGUCUGCCACGCGCGGAAGUCGUCGCUGUGGGCGCUCCAUGCGGCGAACGAGGCGUCCAUAGAGUUCACCAGCCCCGUGCGCGUCUCCGGGGUGCACCACGUCGCCGUCAUCUGCGACGACCUGAAACGGUCCCUGGACUUCUACCAGGGCGUCCUGGGCCUCGAGCUCAACCCUGAGAGGCCGCACGACAAGCUGCCGUACGACGGGGCGUGGCUGUGGAUCGGGAGCGAGAUGAUCCACCUCAUGGAACUGCCGAAUCCGGAUCCCACGGAUUCGGAGAGUCGGCCGACGCACGGCGGGCGCGACCGACACUUUUGCAUCGCCGUGGAGGACCUGGACCCCCUCGUGCAGAGGUUGGACAGGGCGGAGGUACAGUACACGAAGAGCAAGUCCGGGCGCGCCGCGGUGUUCUUCCGUGACCCCGACAUGAACACCAUCGAGGUCGUCCAGCUGCCCGGCGAUUGGCGCGGGGACUGA